AUGGGUUCGCAUCUGCCUGUCACGGAGGGCCUUGACCCAACCGAUAAUGACAAGUCAACGCCCAACACAGGAAUCCACGAGUUACGGAAAGUCCAACUAUCUCACCAGUGGGAUCCGAAUUUGCCGCAGGAGAAGAUCGAUGCUAUUAACGAAGCAGUCAAGACAGGUGACCAUGAAAAGGCUGCUGAGAUAGAAAAGACUCUCGCUCAGGAUUCCCAGUAUGACUUGGUUCGUGCCGCUGUGCGUAACACAGAUGGCGGAGAAGUUGCAAACACCGUGCGUGCCUGGGUGCUGGGCAUGUUUUUCACUACUCUUGGAAGUGGACUCAAUAUGUUUCUGAGCAUGAGGAGUCCCGCCAUCUCGUUCCCUGCUAUUGUCGUGCAGUUACUGGUCUAUCCCUUGGGUUGUUUGUGGGCCAAGACAAUGCCAACUCGGAAGUUCAAUACAUUCGGGGCAGAAUGGACGUUUAACCCUGGCCCUUUCACUAUCAAAGAGCAUGCAGUUAUCACAAUCAUGGCGAAUGUGUCGAUCGGCUAUGCUUAUUGUACAGAUGCCCUCUUGGCAUUGAAAGCAAAGCCGCUCUAUAAUAUGGAACUUGGAUGGGGAUUCCAACUCUUAUUCGCUUUGAGCAGUCAGGUGAUUGGAAUGUCACUGGCAGGCAUUUUCCGCCGUUUCCUCGUUUGGGUACCGGGGGUCCUAUGGCAAGGACUAUCUGUUUUUGCUUUUGUCACCUGGAUCCGACCCAACAAUGUGGUUUUGAACCAGCUGUUUGGAGGUUUUACUGGACUCUCCCUCAUUCCUAUCACCUUUGAUUGGACCUACGUUUCUGCAUAUCUCGGGGAUCCACUGUUGGCACCCGUCCAUGCUCUUGUCAACACACUCAUCGGGCUCGUGGUUUUUGUAAUCAUCACCACAAUCGGGAUAUCUUACUCUGGGGCUUUAUACUCCGACUAUCUCCCUAUUAACACAGCUAGCACCUAUGACAACACGCAGAAUCCAUAUAACGUAACAAGAAUCCUAGGUGCUGGUUUCUCUUUUGAUGACGCAAAGUACAAAGCGUACUCGCCGAUGUUCCUGGCUCCAACUUUUGCCUUGAACUACGGACUGUCAUUCGCGGCCCUUACGGCGGCUAUCGUACAUGUUAUCCUCUUCCAUCGAAAGGAGAUAUGGCAUCAAUUCAAGGCUGCUCGAGACCAAGAACCUGAUAUCCAUCUUAUCAUGAUGAAGAAGUACAAAGAAGCACCCGACUGGUGGUAUGCAGCGCUAUUCCUAUUCUCCAUCGCGACGGGGCUUGCAGGCAUUCUGGCAUAUGAUUCGCAGCUUCCCUGGUGGGGCUUUUUUGUCUCGAUCAUCCUUGCCGUGGUCUUUAUAAUUCCAACUUGUCUGAUUCUUGGUGUUACUAAUAUCAUGCUCUCGCUCAAUGUUUUGUCGCCAUUUUUGGCGGGUUUCAUGAUUCCAGGAAAGCCAAUUGGGGUCAUGGUAUUCAAAGUCUUUAGCACCAUCACCUUGGGACAAGCUCAAGUAUACUGUGCGGAUCUCAAACUCGCUCAUUAUAUGAAAGUGCCACCCCGCGUCACCUUCAUGUGUCAAGUUGUUGCCACACUAUGGGCGAGUAUUGUUCAGAUUUCAGUCAUGAAUUGGACUUUGGGAAAUAUUGAUGAAGUUUGCACCCCUACUCAGUCAGCACAUUUUACAUGCCCGAACGGAAGAUCAUUCUUUUCAUCCAGCAUUGUGUGGGGUGUCAUUGGCCCACAACGCAUGUUUGGACCCGGCGGCUUAUUGUUCCCUCGAACUAAGCUCAGGUUCCUUAAUGCACCUGUAAUGCUGGGUGCUAUGGCCUGGUUGCCUCCAGCCACUCCAUUGAGUUUCUUUGCAUGGGUUACCUUUGGCCUCAUCUUCAACCACUGGAUUCGACGUCGGUGGGGCGGUUGGUGGCAUACUUACAACUAUAUCACCGCUGCAGGACUUGACUCAGGCCUCAUUCUAUCCACCAUUAUUAUAUUCUUCGCGAUUAUUCUUCCGAAUGUCUCGAUACCCCAAUGGUGGGGAAAUACAGCUCCCUUUGAAACCACGUCCUCGCACCGCAUCAACUGUGCUUGGGCUCGAGCCCUGGCUGCGGCUUCCCUCCCCGCUUCCUUUGACUCGAAAUCCCUCAAAGGGGAACCAUCGACGAUGUCAGUACCAACAACUAAUACACCAACUGUGGUGCGCAGCCAGUCAACUUCGACUCGUCCCUCUCGAGCACCAUCGGAUCUGCCUCAUCGGACACGAAGUGUGGCGGUUCGAUCGUCAAAUACGACCCAGCCUCCUACGCCAACUAACCUGUCACAUUCGAAAACUCCUUCCCAGGACCGACGUCCUCCCUCAAAUCAUACUGCACUUGAGGGUGCAGCCCGGCGCGAAUUUGAGGCGUCCAAUGUCGCGCGCAUGCCUUCUCGUCGGGAAGCGUCAUCCGAUCGAUCUCAAGAGCGCCCCUCGACCGCUCGAACCGAAACUGCCCGAAGGCACCAAAGAAACCCCUCAACGCAAAGUCGACACCGUGACAGUGUUGAUAUGACACCAAGCUCUGCUCCACAACUGCCACCACAGCAUGCGACCGCAACAAGUGCCCCCGCAGCCGCAGCCGCGCCGCGGCGACGGACUACGAUCACGACUCCGACGGGUCAGUGGGCUCUAGGCAAAACAAUAGGUGCGGGAAGUAUGGGGAAAGUAAAACUAGCGAAAAAUACGGAGACUGGAGAACAGGUUGCCGUUAAAAUUGUGCCACGACUCUCGACCGAGGAACAUCGCACUAGUCGGGAGACAGAGAGAGCCGAUCGCUCAAAGGAGAUUCGCACAGCUCGAGAAGCUGCCAUCGUCAGCCUAGUGAACCAUCCGUACAUCUGCGGCAUGCGGGACGUCGUUCGAACAUCAUACCAUUGGUAUAUGCUGUUUGAAUAUGUCAACGGUGGCCAGAUGCUGGAUUAUAUCAUCUCGCACGGCAAACUGAAGGAAAAGCAGGCGCGCAAGUUCGCACGACAGAUCGCCAGUGCAUUGGAUUACUGUCACCGCAACAGCAUUGUCCAUCGCGACCUGAAGAUUGAGAACAUCCUUAUCAGCAAGACGGGUGAUAUCAAAAUCAUUGAUUUUGGUCUCAGCAACUUGUUCUCGCCAAGGGGCAUUCUGAAGACGUUUUGUGGCAGUCUGUAUUUCGCUGCUCCGGAGUUGCUUCAGGCCAGACCCUAUACGGGACCCGAAGUUGAUGUUUGGAGCUUCGGCAUUGUCCUUUAUGUCUUGGUUUGUGGAAAGGUACCUUUCGAUGACCAGAGCAUGCCCCAGCUGCAUGCCAAAAUCAAGAAAGGCGUUGUAGAGUACCCACCAGGUCUCACUGCUGAGUGCCGGCACAUUAUAUCACGCAUGCUGGUUACCGACCCCAAGCAGCGUGCCAGCUUAGCCGAGAUCAUGAACCAUCCCUGGAUGAAUAAAGGAUUCAGUGCCCCUCCAGAGAAUCACCUUCCUCAUCGUGAGCCUUUGCAGCUACCUCUAGACCCAGAGGUCGUUGAAAAAAUGACCGGGUUUGACUUUGGGCCUCCGGAGUACAUUACAGCUCAGUUGACCAAAGUAUUGGAGUCGGAGGAAUACCAACAUGCUAUCCGGCUGAACUUACGUGAACAACAACAGCAUGCUUCCAGCCACCCAGAGCGUAAACGAGGAGUGUUUGAUUUCUACAAAAGACGAAACUCUGCGGCCAGUCGUGAUACCCUUUCCGCGCCUUCGGCUGAGGCGGUGCAACUAGGCAAUGACCCUUUAAAUGCUUACAGUCCAUUGGUGUCCACAUAUCAUCUAGUCAAGGAAAAGCUUGACCGAGAGCGGUCCGAGGCACGGCCUGGUGCCGUUGGUCUUCGUCAAACCCCCAGUGAAGUCCACGUACCUGAACUGCGGGCCCCGGAAGCUGCGCACACCAAUCAGUACCAGUUGGCAGGAGACAAGGAUACAGGACGGCGAUCUCGGCCACGAGCCCGUACCCAUGGGGAGGACGAAGCUCCGGAAGGAAUCAAGAUACUUCAUUCUUCCUCGCCAUCUUCACACGCAGUCCCGACCUCUCAGCCCGACACACCUGCUCGGAAAGAAAGCACUGCUGCUGGACUCUUGAGACGAUUCAGCACUCGCAGGACCAAAGAUCGUCACCGCGAUGCGGAUCGUGAUCACAUCAGUACCCCCAACACACCCACACUCAACGUCCAACCUCCUGCUGAUUCAGCAUCUCCGAUGCACCGUGGCUUCAGUGUAAGGAGAACUCGUCGAGCGGAACCAUCGCCAGGUGGGACCUCUUCGAAUGACAGCCGGCCACAGCAGGAUCUUCUGGCUGCGCCGACAUCCGCGGACCGCAGUGCACGGUCCAACAAAUUCCUGGAGAGAUCGGCCAGUGUCAAUUCUGCAGACUACCGAACUCGCAGAGCCACACGGAGAAGUGACGACGAGACCUUGGAUGUCCCUGCAGACCGUCAGCCACCCUCUACUAGUGACUCCGAUCAGGUUGCUCCGAGUCAGAAAGAUCCAACCAGCGUGAGGACUGGUGGACGCACACAUACGGCACGCACCAUGUCACUGGGACACGCCCGGCGAGAAAGUAUUCAGGCCCGCCGCGCCCGGCGAGACGCUACCCGAGAGGCCAACGUGCCCGAAGAGACCGAUGCAGACAUCUCUGGUGCAGGGACGGCACUAGAGAGUGCCAACGAGGGAGAAGAUCUGUCUAAGCCAGUGUUCCUAAAGGGUCUUUUCAGCGUUUCCACCACCAGCAGCAAACCUUUGCCCGUUAUUCGGGCUGACAUUAUUCGGGUCUUGAGGCAGCUCGCAGUUGAAUAUGUCGAGAUCAAGGGUGGGUUUAGCUGCCGCCACGCCCCCAGCAUCGACCUCGACAAGGUGAUUGAUGUUGCCCCUCCCAGUCCAGAACGACAGGGGCAAGUGUCAGGACACCGCCGCCGUAUCAGCUUUGGCGGCCUCCUUAACCACGAUGACAGCCGAGAUGACAGCCGCGCUGGCCCCUCCAAGCUUCGUCGAGCUCAAGCUGCGCCGGAUCGCAGUUUUACCACUAACUCGGACGGCUCGGAUGAAUAUGUUGCACGGGAACAGGGUCCGGUUGGCGAUCGUGUCGUCGGCGAAACUACUACACGUGUACAGAGCGACACCGGAGAGAACCUUGUCCUCCGGUUCGAAAUACUGAUCGUAAAGGUACCUCUGUUCUCUCUACACGGUAUUCAGUUCAAGAAGGUAUCAGGUGGAAUGUGGCAGUAUCGAGAGAUGGCGAAGAAGAUCCUCGAUGCAUUGAAACUGUGA